AAAUUUACAACAAUUUCAGUUGUUUGUUAUGAAUAUUUUGCUUGUUUUUGAAGAAGUGAAAAAAAUUGUAAGAAGUAUUUUAUAUACUUGCACUAAGGAAACGUUUUAGUUUCUGAUUUUUUUUUUUUGCUAAAAAUUUUAAACUUUUCCAACUUCUACACGUCUUCUACACACCAAAAUUGCGUAUGCUAGCGCCUUCACCAACCUUUGGCUUGCGCUUUUUGUAACUUUAAGCAUUCAUUUUAAGCGACGCACACGUCUCAUUUUCAUAUCCACGACACAAAUCACCAGCAAACUCCUGUAGUCGUCACUUUAUUAUUGCUCUAAUUAUUCCUUGUCAAAAGAAUUAUGAUUUCGGUUAUUAAUAAAUUUAUGUAUCCAUCGACUGCCUCAGUAGCCGCGGCGACUGCUGCAGCUGCUUUGGCUUCAUCUAGUGGAGCACCCAGUGAGACGCAAAGUGAAAUAUCAUCUGCUGAUAGUGAUUGGAGUGAUGUUAAGACAAUAGCUAAUAAGUUGGGUGUUGCGAAUCCAGAAGAAUUGCAUACCGAACGUUUCAAAGUGGAUCGUCAAAAAUUGGAGCAAAUGAUAAAGACGGAAAGCUAUAUCGAGGAUCUAAAUAGCGCUGAGUUUUUCUUUGAAAGUGUCUCUAAAAGAACGGAGGUCCAUGUAAGUUGGCCUUGUAGACUUAAAAUCGGGGCCAAAAGCAAAAAGGACCCCCACGUACGCAUUGUGGGCAAACCCGAGAAAGUGGCUCGGGCUAAAGAACUUAUUUUGGCCAGCUUAGAUUCAAAAGGCACUCGCGUUAUUAUGAAAAUGGACGUUUCCUAUACCGAUCACUCUUAUAUUAUUGGCCGAGGUGGCAAUAAUAUAAAACGUAUUAUGGAGGAAACCUCUACUCAUAUACAUUUUCCCGAUUCGAACCGUUCUAGUGCUACCGAAAAGUCUAAUCAGGUCUCUUUAUGUGGUUCAUUAGAAGGUGUGGAAAAAGCUCGAGCUUUAGUUAGACUGUCUACACCCUUGUUGAUGUCAUUCGAACUACCAGUAAUGCCAGUAGACUCUGAACCUAAUCGCGCCACACCGUACGUUGCAUUGGUGGAGGAGAAAUAUAAUGUACAGGUCAUUUUUUCGUCACGUCCAAAACUACAUUCCUCUCUUAUUUUGGUUAAAGGAUCAGAAAAGGAUGCUACGCAAGUUCAAGAAGCUACUCAAACUUUGAUCAAUUUCUCUUGUGGCAAUAUAGCAAACCAGAUUUCAGUUCACAUGCAAUUGGAAAUAUCGCCCCAACAUCAUGAUAUAGUUAAAGGCAGAAAUAAUGCAAAUCUAUUGAGUAUAAUGGAGCGAACGAAAACUAAGAUUAUAUUUCCUGAUUUAAAUGAUAUGAACAUAAAACCCUUGAAGAAAUCUCAAGUGAAUAUAACCGGCACCAUAAAUGGUGUUUAUAGAGCUAGACAGCAAAUAAUAGGCAAUUUACCGAUUGCUUUGAUUUUCGACUUUCCCGACAAUGAAAAUGAAGCAGCUUUCGUAAUGAGUCUCCGCCCCAAGGACGGUGUCUACAUCGGUUUAAGACAAAAACAACGACAGAAUACUUUGGCAAUUGUCGUCAAAAGCUUAGAGAAAUUUAUUGAUAAAGCCUACCAAGCACGUCAUGAUAUCUUAAGUCUGACAACACCACUGGUAAAGCCAGAAAUACCUGAUAUGUAUUUUAUGCCACAGGACAACAAUCUCCGCGUAGUAGAUUUAGCUUUGCUGAGUUCACUGCUCGAAGUUCAUACGGAGAAUCAAAGAACACCUAAAGGAAUGCCCAAUUGGCGAUUGUCAUCACUAGACAAUGCCAACGUCAAUAAAAACGAAAAAAUCAAUGAUAAUCAGAAAACUUUAAAUGAACAAAAACAAACAAAAUUUACGUACGACUUGUACCCUACUACUCAAAAGAAUGUAUGUUUACCAACAGAGAAAUAUUUACAAAUGCACAACAAUAAUUUAAAGCAGCAACAACAGCAACACGAACAACAAACAGCUUUUGCUGCCUCAAUGAUGGCCAAUCCCAACAAUAGUUAUUCGCAAAUGCUACCGCCACAACCGCCGCAGUCGCGGCAUUUACCUUAUAAUUUACAGCAAUUAUCGCCUCGCAAUAGUUGCAGUAAUAACACGAGUGGUUAUCAGAGUUAUAGUAGCAGCACCACCUCGCUGGAGCAGGUUUAUCCCCCCUUCGGUUUGAGUGGGCCGCAAGCAAAUUUAUUUGGAGGACAGCAUCCUUCGAGUUUUUCGCCGGACUCCAACUAUUCUAGUGAAGGAGCUGGCUCACGCGUUGGCCGCCGUUCAAGCGAUGGUGUUUUACUAGGCUUAAAUAAUAACUCUUCUGCUUCAAUGAUAUCAAUGACACCAAGCAACGCUGAAAGUUAUCGCAAUCUACACUUUGAUCCAAACAUUUGUCAGCGGACCUUGGGCUACAAAGCCAUGGAACGUCCGCCGAUGGCUGGUGACUUGCGUACGCCUAAUACCAUUUGGAUGGGCAUGGGUCUGAGCGGUACAUCACCAGCACAUCUUGGGACAGUAAGUAGCGUAAAUUGGCCGCAGGGAGCUGGUAUCCUGAAUUCGCCUUAUAAUCUUGGUACAACAACGGGUGUAGUUGAUUCAACACCAACCAACCGUCGCCUGCAAUUGCACCAAUGCAAAGAUAUUCAAUCGGUACUUGUGGCUUUGGGCCUAGAACAUUAUAUAAAAAUUUUUGUUUUAAACGAAAUAGAUUUAGAUAUAUUCACCACUUUAAGUGAAGAGAACCUUAUAGAGUUGGGCAUAGCUGCUUUUGGAGCCCGCAAAAAACUUUUGGUGGCCAUACACACACUUCAGACCCAUGAAGCUGCUAAUUCCGUCAUAGCAUCGACUUCGUCUAACAAUUCUUCACCACGUUUUUCGGGAUCUGCUGCGCCAGGCGCAGAACGUAGACCCUCAAAUCAGUGGUAGAAGCGAAAAUAUUUUUCUCUUAUUUCUUUUUCUUUUCUUUUUUUCGAUCAAAUAUUGCAUGCUUUUUUGAAGGUUUAACUGAAUUAUUUUUUCCAUUCGAUUGAAAAUAUUUCAAACUUUUAUAGACUGUUUUCAGAGAACACGAAGAGAAAAAUAUAUUUUUUUUAUUUUCAACUUCAUAUUUUAUAACGAACCUGUAGAUAUUGAAGGACUUGUACUCGUCUCUGUAUACAAAACAAAAUGAUUUUGAAAAUCAAUUUACGAGGAAAAUUCUUACAUGUUUUGAUUGAAUUGAAAAACAUUUCUGAGAAAGUCUAUACAAAAUUGUUUUGCCACUAAUUUUAUUUUAAUGCUGCUUAUACGAAUUAGAUAUCUUUUCUUCACUGCAAUGGAUAUUUUUUUUUUUUUUUUUUUAAGGAAAAUCUAAAACUUUCUUGAGUAUUGCAUUGAACUUGAAAAUUGAAUAUUAUACGAAAUUUGUUAAUAAAAUGUGAAUUUGUUUCAGUACUCAUUAA